GCACAAGGUGUUUCAGAAAUGUUCAGCUGCAAUAUACUUCGAUCACCCUUGUGAUGAGCCGAACAGAAGGAAACUAUAGCAGACAUCCAAUCAAGAAGUGCUAUUCCAUCAUAUAGGACCAAUCCAAGCGAUGCUUCUUUGAGCCAAAUAUUGGGUAUACAGAGAAGAUAUCCAGAGGCAGGAUGUAUCCCAUUCAUGACCAGGCCCUGGGCCUCUAUCCCUGGCCAAACGUGCAAAAAUACUUGUUGUUUGUGGCUCUGCUAAUGCCUCCCGUAAGAGCUGACUUGGGGGAUAAAGAAGGCAAACAUUUCUUUUGGAAGUCAGGUCCGUGGGGUCAAUGCGUAGGAGAAUGCGGACCAAGUGGGCUACAGAGUCGGUCGGUUUGGUGUGUCCACGGGGACAGCUGGGUUACCCACAUCUCAAACUGCAACCCAGAGGAGGAGCCAGCAAGCCAGCAGAACUGCUUUAAAAUCUGCAACUGGCACAGAGAACUCUAUGAAUGGGAGACUACAGAAUGGGACCUGUGUGUUCUUGUACCUUAUCUCCACACUGGGGUUACGUCAAGAACUUCGGAAUGCGUCACAGCCCAACGCGGACUACAGCAUAGACAAGUGAGUUGUGUCCACAAGAACAAUAGAUCCAUAACCUCUCUGGAAAUCUGUGAGUACUUUACUCCGCGACCAGCAAAUGAACAAUCGUGUCUGGUACCAUGCCCACAGGAUUGUAUUGUUUCGGAAUUCACACCGUGGUCCACGUGCAGUAAAAACUGUGGGAAACAUCUUCAGCACAGGACUCGUUUUGUCAUUUCGACAUCUUUGUACGGUGGCUCAGACUGCCCAAAUCUCACAGAAUGGAGGCCUUGUCCAUUCUAUGGCUUCUGCUCUUUUGGGGAAGAAGAUCAUAUGUACAGUCUUAAGGUUGGCCCAUGGAGCGAGUGUAGGUUGCCUCAUCUGAAGGAAAUCAGUUUUAGUGGAAGGACCAUGUUGGAUUUUGGCUCAGAUUCAGGUGAAAAGAGUACAUUCAAACAGGAGAGCCAUCGAUCACAGGAAGGAUUCGAUAGAUGGGAUAUGGAGAUUGGUUAUCAAACUCGCCAAGUACAGUGUACACGAAGUGACGGAAGGAAUGCAUUGCUAAGCAUCUGCACCCAGGACAAUAUGCCCCUACACUAUCAAUCCUGUAUUAUGCCGAAAGACUGCGAAGUGUCAGAAUGGGGUGACUGGACUUCCUGUUCUAAGACGUGUCAGCUGGGAGGAACUGUGCUUGGGCUGCGGAAUAGAAGGAGGACCAUUAAGCAUAUGGCCAUUGGAGAGGGGAAGCUAUGCCCAGAGCUGGAAGAGACGGAGGCUUGUAAUUUUGGACGCCAGUCACCAUGUAAUGGAUUUUCCUGGAAGACCUCUGAGUGGACAGACUGUCUGGUAUCUCUGCUCACUAUCCAGGACAACGUUCCCUUAGAGGAGGACCAUGUUCAGUGCGGAGGCGGCAUUCAGACCCGCAAAGCGUUUUGUGCACAAACGGUUACAGAAUCUGGAGCACAUGGACAAAUAGAAGUCUACAGGCCGGUGGAUCCAGAGUUUUGUGAAGGACCACCCGCAUCCACCACUCAGCUCUGCAACAUCCAAUGCCCUACGGACUGUACGCUGUCUACGUGGACUGACUGGGGACCUUGUAUCCAUGAAAACUGCCAGGAACCUCAGGGGAGGAAAGGUUUCAAAUUCCGGAGAAGACAUGUCUUACAGCAGUCGGAAAACGCCGAAAGGAAGUGUCCACAUUUAGUGGAAUCGCUGCCCUGCGACGAUCCUGUGUGUUAUAAGUGGGCCAUAUCAGGGGACCUGCACUGCGUUCCUGAGAACGGGGACUGUGGCCAUGGAAGAUACCAUAUAAACACCACCUGCAGGGGGCAGAAUGGGGAGCCGGUCUCUGCAGAGCUGUGUGUGGAUGAGCCUCCUGUCCAGCUGGUGUGUAAAGUUCCCUGCAGCCUGGACUGCGUCAUUAGCGAGUGGUCAGACUGGUCGCCGUGUUCCCGUUCCUGUUCCACAAAGAAUGCCGAGGGGAAGCAGAGCAGGACCAGAUCAAUCCUGGCCUAUCCUGGAGAAGGUGGGAAAUCUUGCCCAUCAAGCCAAGCACUCUAUGAGUACCGACCGUGCAACGAUCAUCCAUGCUCUGCAUUCUACUGGGAGCUGUCACCAUGGGAACCGUGUACAGGGGAAUCAUGGAUACAAAACAAAAGCCUCAGCAAGAAGGACAAGUGUGGCAUUGGACUUCAAUCCCGCAAAGUAUUCUGCAUGAAAAGCAACGCUGGACAAGUAGCAAGCAAGAGGUGCCCAGAAUCUACCAAACCUGACACCAGCCAGCCAUGCCCUCUUCCCUGCACUAGAGACUGUGUUGUCACCCUGUUUAGUGAGUGGACUCCCUGCCCUAAAACCUGCCAGCCUGGGAACAGCUCUGCAGUCAAACAGUCCCGAUACAGAAUUGUCAUACAGGAGCCACUUAAUGGGGGUCAUCCCUGUCCAGACACCUUGUAUGAAGAGAGAGAGUGUGAUGAUGUCCCUAUCUGUCUGCUCUACAGGUGGAAACCUCAAGACUGGAGUCAAUGCGUCCUUGUGCCAGACUACGUGAGGCAGGGCAUAGCUGGGGGCACCGAAUCCUGCGGCCCGGGGAUACAAUUCAGAGAGAUGAUCUGUGUUACUGCCGGUGAUCGUCCAGUAGAUGUGACUGAGUGUAUCAGAUGGGCCGGUCCUGCUCCACCUACAGCACAGGAGUGUAACGUGCCCUGCAGAGAGGACUGCAUAUUCACCCCUUGGUCUAAGUUCAAUGCCUGCUCUGCAGACUGCAUUUCAUAUAGAAUAAGGAGGAGAUCCCUGGCCGGUAGAAGCAAGAAGCGGGACAGAUGUCAGAACAGCGAGCUUUAUCCGUUAGCGGAGACCGAGGCGUGCGCCUGUGAAGUAUAUAAAUCUCAGCCGUAUGGAAAUUGGUCGGACUGCAUAAUUCGAGAUGGAAGAAAUGAAAUGCAGCUGGGAGUGAGAGCUCGCAGGGACAUGAAAGGCUGCGGUGAAGGCAUUCGACUGCGCGCAAUCGCCUGUUAUGACUUAACUGGCAGGAUUGUAGAGCCCAGUCUCUGCAGUCGUUCCGGUUAUAUUGAGGAAAGGUGUGAGGUACCCUGCCCGUUUGAUUGUAAGCUCAGCGACUGGUCCAGUUGGACUUCCUGCAGUGCUUCCUGCGGUACGGGAGUGAAGGUCCAUUCUAAAUUCCUCAAAGAGAAACCUUAUAAUGGAGGACGCCCGUGUCCAAAGCUUGACCUGAAAAAUCAGGCUCAGGUGUACGAAGUAGUCCCCUGUUAUACCGAAUGCAAUCAGUACUUGUGGGUGUCUGAGCCGUGGUCCGCCUGCAAGCUGCACAGCGAGGGGAAGACCGCCGGCUGCGGCCUUGGAAUACAAAUCAGAAGAGUGCGGUGUGUGAAUAUAUCAGAUAGUGCCGAAGAUGCUUUUGUAAACAGCACAUAUUGCAGUCACCUGGAAACACCUUCCACAAGACAAAACUGCUCGCUUACCUGCCUCGGAGAAUGUGUGAUGUCCAACUGGGGGCCGUGGAGCCGCUGCACACAGCCUUGUGACUCUUCCUCGGUGCGGUCAAGGACAAGAUUUCCUCUGAGGAUUCCCGCGAACAGGAAGACGUGUCCCGAGGCUUCUCAGACAGAGCCGUGCGUCCAGAACACUAACUGUUUCCACUAUCACUAUAAUGUCACAGAGUGGAGCGCUUGUCAGCUCGGUGAAAAGGCUGUGUGCGGGGAAGGAAUAAAAACUCGGCUUUUAGACUGCACCCGCAGCGAUGGAAAAUCUGUGAAAAUUUCCUUUUGUGAGCAGCUAGAGUUGAAGAAGCCUGAAAAGAUGAGUCUUCGCUGCCUUGUGGAAUGCACGAUCGAUUGCCAUGUCUCGGACUGGUCGCCUUGGUCUCCUUGUUCGCAAUCAUGUGGCACUGGAGGCCAGCAGAUCCGUUCCCGACACAUCAUAAUGCAAGCAGAAGGAGAUGGGAGACCCUGCCCGGCUCAUCUCACCCAGCACAAGGGCUGCCUGAUUUCCCCCUGCUAUGUCUGGAGGUUUGGAGAGUGGUCUGGGUGUACAGUAGAGAAUGGUCAAUGUGGAGAAGGACUGAAGUCUCGUAACCUCACAUGUGUAGUACACGAUGGUUCCACCUCCGGUGCAGAAAAGCAAGUAGACCACAAAUUCUGCGGCCUGUUACCCGGACAGGAAAGUCCACUCACGCUGCCCUGCUACGUACCAUGUCCAGGUGAUUGUCAUCUCGCGGAAUGGUCCCAUUGGAGCUCCUGUGAGGUCACGUGCAUCGAUGGGCGCAGUUUUGAAACAGUCGGACUCCAGACGCGGUCGAAAACUUUCAUUGUGCAAUCUCUAGAGAAUCAGGAGGAUUGUCCAAAGCCAGUGAUGGAGACCAGACCCUGUACAGGAGGCAAGUGUUUCCGAUAUUUGUGGAAAAUGAGUCCCUGGAAGGAUAAUAAGAGAACGGUGUGGUGUCAGCGAUCCGAUGGAACAAAUGUCACAGGUGGCUGUUCUCCAAACUCCCGACCCGCUGCAGUUCGGCACUGCGACCCGCCAUGCAGAAAACCAUUUUCUUACUGUAUGCAGAGCGGAGUGUGUGGCUGCGAAGACGGGUACACACAGAUCAUGCGAUCAAGCGGCGUUCUGGACUACUGUGUGAAGGUUCCAGGCAGUGAAUCCAAGAAAGCUGACGUGAAAACUUUCAUUGGGAGGAACAAACCUGCUGACUCCAAACUCCCCGAGAUCUUCAACUGGUCAUUUCAGUUAUUUGACCAAGAUGGCCGGGUGAGUCUUUGGGUCUACGUUGUGUGUGCAGGGAGUUUUCUUAUCCUGAUUAUCCUGAUAAUCAUCUCUUACUUGGUCUGCAGAAAGCCGCAAGUACCAAAAAGUCCAUUUCCUCAACAGAAGCCGCUCACCUUGGCAUACGACGGAGAUUUUGACAUGUAAUCUGAAGUUACAACUUGGAAUUGAAAGAAAAUCUGCUGCCUUAACCCCUCUUUAGUACAAAAAUCACCUUUCCCUGUAUAUCUACCAGGAAAAUAAAACCGCCAUUGGUGUUCUUCUACUGAUGAUUAGACUUUUAUGGUUUCCUUACAGAAUACGCACAUGAGAUGGUCCAACCUUUACUUCUUCCAAAGUGCGAUCUCCCGGUAUUCAUGUCGGUUCUUCAAAGCAGAGCGUGUGCUGCAGGCAGUUAUUACAAUAUGAAAGACGU